AUGGAUGCUGAUCAAUGCCAAACUGUACUCGUGCACUUGCCCAAUCAUAGUGUUGUUUAUGAUUUCUUCAGGGAAGUUCAUCUGUUUUACAAGCCGAUACAUACAUACUUAUCGAUUAUAAUGUGCAUAUUUGGAACUGUUGCAAAUUUCUGUAAUAUCGUUGUACUUACGAGACGACAAAUGCGUACACCAGUCAAUAUGAUAUUGACGGCAAUGGCAUGUUGCGAUACGGUAGUGUUGUUUUCGAAUCUGAUCUACACUACACACUAUUCAUUUGUCGCCUUCAAACAUUGCCAUCCACGACAUUGGAGUUACGGUUGGGCGUUGUUUUUGAUAGCUCACGCUCAUCUGUCAUUAGUUGGGCACAGCUCGUCGGUGUGGUUAUCCGUGAUGCUCGCUUUGCUACGGUAUAUGACACUGCGAAGUCGUGGAAACUCAGCUGGUACUCAGAUUGGUCUAAAACACUCGUAUCUAGCGAUUGGUGGAACAAUCUGUUUUGUUGCCGUCGUCAACGCUCCAAAUUUUCUCACUUAUAAAAUUCAUGAAAUAAGAUUAAAUGACACUUGUGUAGUUAGGGAUCCGGCAUUACUUGGUGCAGCCGCCUAUCUACCUGGUAUAGCAGAAAUUGCUCUUGCAAAACACUGCCUCGUAUUUCGGCUAGUCUUCUGGAUAUCGGGUCUCGUAUUCAAAGUGAUACCGUGCUGUCUUCUAUCAUUGUUUGUCUGGUUGUUGCUCGGCAUUUUGAAAGAGGUGAAAGCGAAUCGAGAAAGGCUACUGAAAAACUCGCAUCAUGCAAUCCCACCAGCCAGUUCCAAUGGAAAGGUGGUUUUGGUUGCCCAUGAUAAACAUCAUCGAACAAGCAGUGUCAGAGGCACCGGUAGGGGUGAAAGAGCCGAUCGGACAACGAACAUGCUACUGGCGAUCGUCUUCGUUAUGUUGUUCACUGAAAUGCCUCAAGGAAUUAUGGCGUUGUUGUCAGGUAUGAUAUCUCAAGAAUUCCGACGUCAUAUCUACAACAACCUGGGCGAUUUGCUGGAUUUGUUCUCGUUAUGUGAAGCCUGCAUGUCAUUCAUCAUCUACUGCUCCAUGAGUGGACAAUUCCGAAAUGAGUUCCGUCGUGUGUUCAUUCCAAAAUCGAUGCAUUGCCUUGAACGACCCCCAUCCAUUCGUCGGCCAUCAGAUGCAUACACGAAAAUGACGUAUUUGAGGCCAACGGAUAUGUACGAAAAUGGCUCAUCUACAUAUUCCGAGUUAGACAAAAAUGCCGUCGUCAAGGUCGAAUUGUAG